GAGGAUUUGCUUCUGAAAUGUGAUGUACAUAAGGACGAGAAACUGAAAAUGUUCUGCCAGGACCACAGUCAACUGUGCUGCUCAGAUUGUGUUCUGCUUCAUCACAGAACGUGUAUUUGGGAGCUGUCGGCUGUGUGGUAAGUCAGACUUUCCUGCCAGUCUGAGGGAUGGAGCCAUGGCUGUCCUAGACGAGUGGAAGACCAGAUUGGGGCAGAUACAGGAGAAAAAGAAAGACAAAAAAUGGAAAGCGGUGUUAGACAGUUGCAAGGACCUGCUUCAAAAAUCUGCCAGCAUCCUGCACGCCAACAACAUCUAUCUAGUCAGGGUCCUAGAUGCAGCAUUCUGUGCUGCAAUCGAGGUUGAAAAGUUUGAACUCGCUGCGAAAUACGGAGCUCGAACUCUGGACCCGUACAGACUCUACUACGGUGACAACAGCCCCAACGUUGCCCUGCAGCUGUUCAUGGUAGGCAAAAUACAGCUCUACCUACAGGACAUGACGACGGCCUUGAAGUCGCUGGAAAUGUCGCGGAAAAUCUUGGCCGUAACCCACGGCACCGAACACAAGAUUUACAAGGAUGUGACGUUGUUUGUGGAACAGUGUAGGGAAGAGUUGAGAGUUCAGCUGGAGAAGUCGGUUUCUUAAUUGGUGUAUCAAUUGGGUCAGUUGAUAGUAAAUUGUGAUGUACAUGUGGUCGGAUACUUAUAAAUUAUUAAUAAAUUCGAUGAGUUGAUAGUUAUUUGUUUAAUAAAUUCAGUCAGUUUCUAGUAAACUGUUUAAAACGUUGCUUGUACGUUAUUAAACCUAAUAGGGUAUGUUCUUAGUAAAUUGUUUAGUGAAUUUAGUCGAUCAAUACUUAAUUGUGAAGCAUUAUUCAGUCUGUUUCUAGUGUAUUGUUAUUGUAUUGGCCUUUAUAUACAAAAUAAAUUGUCUUGUCUUG